UCUUCACAGUUUGAACAUGUCACUUACUUCCAUCCUCUCGGCUGAGGCCAUUGAAAAUGCUGUCAAAGACUGCCAAGCUCCAGACUCCUUUGCUUAUAAAAAAUUCUUCCAACUUUGUGGCCUGAGCCAGAAAAGUCCGCAAGAGGUGAAGGAUGUCUUCCGCAUCAUAGAUGAGGAUAACAGUGGAUUUAUUGAGGAGGAUGAGCUCAAGUUCUUUCUCCAGCGAUUUUUCCCGGGGGCGCGAACCCUGACAGAAAAGGAGAUUAAGAGCCUCCUAACAGCUGCAGAUGAUGAUAGCGAUGGUCGGAUUGGAGUAGACGAGUUUCAAACUAUGGUGUUUUCCUGAAAGACUAUUUGAGCCCUCGGCUAUAAACACUGCAGCCUCAGCUUUCAUUUGACUUUUUACACCUGAUUUCUUUUCCAAAAAGACAAAUCAGCACAUAAAGUAAAUGUACUUGACUUUUAAAUAUUUGUCUGUUUUGUUGUCCCCAAAUGACCAAUGACAAAACUGUUCAGGGAAAAUAAAAUAAAAUAAAGUCACUAAACUGAU